AUGCCCAAGCCCGGCUUGAAAACAAAGGCCAAGCGGAUGACCACUCGGUCUCCGCUCGAGAAUCCGCCAAUGCAUUCCCGUCCCGCAGACGAGGAUAUCGAUAUGGACGACGAGACCUCUAGUGACGAGGAGGAUGUCCCGGAGAAGGAUGAGGCCGAGAGAAAGCUCGAGAGCAUGCUUUUUGGUGACGAUGAGGGGUUCAUGGGUGCUGUUAAGCGCCAGCAAGAGCGUGCUGAUGCUAUGCAACUUACUCUGCACACUGAUAGCGAAAGCGAAGGUGCUGAUGAGGGGGAUGAGGCUGCGAGUGAUGAUGAGGGUGAUUUGGAUAAUAUGGCUGAUUCGGAUCUCUUCUUCCUUGACUCGGGCAGUGGUCCUGUUUCUACCGAUAUUGUCCCGUCACCAGAGACGCCUUCCGACGAAGAUGAUGAGGAGGACUCCGCCCCUGCAGUGUGGUACGAUAGCGACGACGAACGACUCGCCGUCUCCCUCGCCAGCAAAGCGAAGCUGCGCAAGUUGCGCACGACCGAGUCCGAAGAUGUGAUCAGUGGCAAGGAAUACAUUCGACGACUGCGCACACAGUUCCAGCACAUGCACCCUACUCCUGAAUGGGCCAACCCGGAGCUUGCGGCUAAACGUCGCAAGAUGGAUUCGGACGAUUCGGAUGCUGAGAGUGGAGACGAAAUGGAGUCUGAUGAGGAUGAGCAAUUGUCCAUGCAGCCUCUCGCCAAGCUGCUUCAAAAUGCUUCAGAUCUUACUCGUAUCGAUGAUAAUACCCGAUCAGGCGGCAAGCGCAAGUUACGCCAGGAAGUCUUGGAUAUUCAACGUUUGAAGGAUGUCGGCAAAACGCAACCGUCCUCCGUCGACUCCCUCACUUUCCACCCCCACUAUCCCCUCCUCCUCUCCUCAGGCCCAGCAUCAACCCUCUUCCUCCACCACAUCUCCCCUUCAGCAGCAAGCGCAAACCCCCUCCUAACCUCCUUGCACAUACGCCGCACCCCCCUGCACACAUCAUCCUUCGCCCCACCAAGCGGCAACAAAAUCUUCGCCUCAGGCCGACGCCGCUACUUCCACAUCUGGGACCUGGAUUCCGGCAAAGUGGACAAGGUGAACAGCGCCUCCAACGAGCAGAAAUCCAUGGAAGACUUCAAGAUUUCCCCCUGCGGCCGAUACAUCGGCUUCAUUGGUAGCUCCCGCAAAGGUGGCGGUCUUAUCAACGUCCUGGACUCUGGCACCGCGCAAUGGAUCGCACAGGUGCGUGUCGACGGGCGCGGCGGUGUCGCUGAUUUCGCUUGGUGGUCUGACGGUGAGGGAAUGACUGUCGCUUCUAAGAAUGGUGAGGUGUCGGAGUGGGAUGGCAAGGCUCGGAGGGUAAUUGCUCGCUGGCUUGAUGCUGGUGCUGUUGGCACGACAGUUCUCAGUCUUGGUGGCAGGUCCGGCCGCACGCAGCUUGGUGGUGAUCGUUGGGUUGCCAUUGGUUCGUCCAGUGGUGUUGUCAACGUUUAUGAUCGUCGUGAUUGGGCUGCUGCGUAUGCCAAUGCCUCUACUUCCAAGUUCAAGGAUGCAGCGCAUUCGGGUAUCCCUCGCAACCCGGAACCUGUUCGGGCUUUGGAUCAACUUACUACUCCCAUCAGCCAUCUUGUUUUUGCUCCAGAUGGCCAGAUGCUGGUUAUGGCUAGUCGGUGGAAGCGUGAUGCUUUGCGACUUGUCCACCUCCCCACCUGCACCGUCUACAGAAACUGGCCCACAUCCAACACACCUCUGGGCCGGAUUUCCUCCGUGGCCAUCUCGCCGAACUCGGAGCAAUUGGCCGUCGGCAAUGAGCAGGGUCGUGUGCGACUCUGGGAGAUCCGUGGGUAG